CCUUAUUCUUGCAGACAUCGAGUGUAAACUGAUAAAGACCGGCCGGGGUAUCCUGGCGAUGGUGCAAGACUACACGUUCAUCAGGAUCAACCGGCGUUCUAACAUCUGGACCUGCUCCAACCGGCAGAGCACCCAGUGCCGAGCCAAGAUCAGGGUUCACGAUGAGACGGAAUCGCUCCUGGAAUACCACCCGGAUCAUAACCACCCGCCGCCCAAGUACCACAUCAAUAAGCAGGGACUUUAUUGCAAAGCAUGGAUUCCAGAAAAAAAUCUUGGCACUGACGACGACCCUUAUUUCGUGAUGAGGCCCAAAGGCAUGGCGUUAUUAUGGGGCGAGCACAGAUACUUCAAGCAGAAGGAGUGUAAGGACUCCACGAUAUGGAGGUGUUCCGAGUACGGCAAGAUGGGGUGCCUUGGCAGUGCCACCGUUAAAGAUGGGUGCGUGAUAAGAUGUAAAAGUCAUUCGUGUUCAGAAACGUCUUUCCCGAAUAUGGACCUGAAGGAUGAAGAAGAGAACCCUGAAGCCGAAACUUAGAUUAGCUAUUUAGCAGUAGAAGUCUUAAUUUCACAGGUUAUUAAUGUGGGAAACGGGAUUAUUCCCGUCUCUAUUUCCCACCACUGCCAUUCCUGUGUAGCUUGUACAUUGUACUGCGCCAUCUAAAACACAAAAAAAUCAUCAGGUCACUUAUGCCCGUUUUCACCAUCAAUCCCUAAUUUUUAAGUGACCCCCUAUGGUAUGGUAACACAUAACAGGAAUUUUGUUUUAAUAGAGGUCACUUAAAAAUUAGGGAUUGAUGGUGCAAACGGGUAUUGAUCAAUAAUAUCUUACUUAUUCGACUGGUUUCUCGAAGUAGCUCC